AUGCUCUCCGUGGCGAACGCAAUCAAAGCCCGGUUGGCGCACCGGCCUGUCAAUAGCACGAUCAAAGAUGACGAAGAGCCAUCCGUGAUCCAGGUCGAAAACCAAGUCGAGACCGAGUCUGAGCCCCAGCUGCCCCGUGAUCUUGAACGCACCGGAGAACAAUUAAAGGAGCAAUGGUUUGUGGGCAGCAUCGACCAGGGCACAACAUCGUCCCGCUUCAUCAUUUUUGAUGGUAACGGUGUCCCUGUUGCGAGCCAUCAGUUUGAAUUCGAGAACCUGUACCCAAAUUCAGGAUGGCACGAGCAGAAUCCCAUGGAGCUCCUUGCAUCCGUGAACCACUGCAUCGACAAGGCCAUGCGUAAAUUCACUGCCUUGGGUCACCAGAAGUCGCGCAUCCGCGCCGUCGGAAUCACGAACCAGCGCGAAACCGCCAUUGUAUGGGAUACCGUGACGGGCAAAGCGCUCUACAACGCAGUCGUGUGGCCGGACACGCGCACAGCCGCCCUUGUACGAGAGCUCAAGAAGCGCCCCGACGCCGACAAACUGCUGGACCUGUGCGGCCUGCCCUUGUCGACAUACCCCAGCAGCGUCAAGUUGUCGUGGCUGCUCCAGAACGUGGAUGCCGUGCGCGAGGCCGCCGAUGCUGGCCGUCUGGCCUUUGGCACCGUCGACUCGUGGCUGAUCUACCAACUCAACGGUGGCGCAAAGGGCAACAACGGCAAACCUGUGCAUGUCACCGACAGCACCAAUGCCAGUCGUACCAUGUUCAUGAACCUUCGAACUCUUCAGUACGACGACUCUCUGCUCAAGUUCUUCGGCAUCGACCGGUCCAAGGUGCAGCUACCCAAGAUCGUCCCUUCGUCUGAUGCCAAGGCCUUUGGCGCCAUUGCCGAAGGCGUGUUGGCCGGCAUUCCCAUCGCCGGCUGUCUCGGUGAUCAGUCGAGCGCCCUCGUUGGCCAGUGUGGCUUUCACCCAGGUCAGGCCAAGAACACGUAUGGCACCGGGUGCUUCCUGCUGUACAACGUCGGCACAGAGCCCGUCAUUUCCCGCUCCGGUCUGUUGGCUACCGUGGCCUACGACUUUGGCCAAGGUCACCCCCCCAUCUAUGCCCUCGAAGGUAGUAUCGCUGUGGCCGGUGCCGGCGUCAAAUUCCUGACGAACAACCUUAGCUUCGCCACCGAGUCGAGCGAGAUCACCGACCUGGCCGAGUCUGUGGAAGAUAAUGGCGGCGUCGUGUUUGUCACGGCUUUUAGCGGCCUCUUUGCCCCAUACUGGAUCGACGAUGCAAAGGGCACAUUAUUCGGCAUAACGCAAUUCACAAGCAAGGGCCACAUCGCACGAGCCACACUCGAGGCCACCUGUUACCAGACCAAGGCUAUUUUGGACGCCAUGGAGCGCGAUAGCGGCAAGCGGUUGGAGAGCCUGGCUGUCGACGGAGGCCUGUCCAACAGCGACCUUUGCAUGCAGACCCAGGCAGAUGUCACUGGUAUUCCCGUCGACCGGCCAGCUAUGCGCGAGACAACGGCGCUGGGAGCCGCCAUUGCUGCCGGGCUGGCCACGGGCGUGUGGAACAAGCUGGAAGAUCUCCGGGAGAUCAACCGCACUGGCCGCCGUAUUUUCCACCCGAGUCCAGACCGGAAGCAGUUUGCACGCAUGGUGCGCAAGUGGGAACAGGCUGUGGAGAUGAGCCGAGGCUGGGUGCGGAACGAGGCAGACGAGGCAAACGAGGCAGACGAGGCAAACGAGGCAGACGAGGCAGACAAGGCGGCAGCUUGA